AUGGUUUAUACGAUACCUUCAUUGAUUGAAGAUAGAAUUUCUCCUUAUGCAAAAAAAUUAAUUAAAUUAGUGGACGAUUUUGUUGAGUAUGUCCCACCUAUAAUCGAAGAACUUAAGAAAAAAGCUAGAUCAUUAGGACUUUGGAACUUGUUUCUUUCAAAACAUUAUUCUGAAGGUGCUGGAUUAACUAACCUCGAAUAUGCACUUAUUGCCGAGAUUACGGGUAGAUCGCUUCGCAUCGCUCCUGAAGCUAUAAAUUGUUCUGCUCCUGAUACUGGAAAUAUGGAAGUCUUUGCUAAAUAUGGUACCUAUGAUCAAAAAGAAAAAUGGUUAAAGCCUUUAUUAAAGGGUGAAAUUCGUUCUGCUUUCGCUAUGACUGAAAAAGCUAUUGCAUCAUCUGAUGCUACAAAUAUUAAAACUUCAAUUAAACGUGUUGGUAAUCAUUAUGUAAUUAAUGGUCAUAAAUGGUGGAUUUCUGGUGCUGGUGAUCCAAGAUGUGCCUUAUUUCUAGUGAUGGGAAAAACUUCUUUUAAUGCAAAUAUUCAUAAACAACAAAGUGUAAUUAUUGUUCCUAGGAAUACUCCUGGAAUUACUAUUGUUAGACCACUUACUGUUUUUGGUUAUGAUGAUGCACCAGAAGGGCAUUGCGAAAUUAUUUUUAAAGAUGUUAAGGUACCUGUUGAAAAUAUUAUUUUGGGUGAAGGAAGAGGAUUCGAAAUUAUUCAAGGGCGUUUGGGACCUGGUAGGAUUCAUCAUUGGUAUGUUUUUAUAUCUGAAAUAAUAUCUUAUAGUUGA